AUGGCCAUGGCAAGAGAAGGUGGAAUCCUUGCAAUUUUGAUGCUUCUGCUACCUUGUUUCGAGACCACUCAGUCAACUACCUACAAGGUUGGAGGUGAUGAGGGUUGGAGUCCAACCAUUAGCAUGGAAGCUUGGUCCUUACAAUACAAGUUUUAUGCUGGUGACAAACUUGUAUUCGACUAUGAUGAACAGUUGUACAGUGUGAACUUGGUGGAUAAAAAAGGGUAUGAGACAUGCACAGUUACUAAGAAUGCUAAAACCUUUGAAUCGGGACAUGAGGAAAUUUCUCUUGCUUUUGGACCAAAUUACAUCAUAGAUGGUAAUCCUGAAAAUUGUGUGAAUAGUAUGAAACUUUCAAUCAAUGCCACCGCUCGUCCACCACAACGGCUGUGA